CACACUAACUAACAACCAUGGUCGACGGCGAAAUUGGAAUCCUACGCGGUUACGAGCUCCGUCUCCUCCGUUGCACAGUAUCUUUACCUACUUCAGACCCUCCUCCCGAAACCCAUCUGCUUGAUGAAUCCCAAUCUGGAACCCAUCAACACGACUCUCUCAUAAGGUCCCUUCUCUCUUCAAUUGAGGCUGGAGACUAUCUUGGAGCCCUAGCCUCCGAUGCUACUAGGCUAAUACUCGGCGAUUCUGAGUUGGACCUGGUCGACUCGGUUGAUUCCGCGGAACGAGUUUACUCCGAGCUUCUCGACAAGGUCGAAUCGUUCGUGGUGAACGCUUCGUAUGAUGAAAUCGACAAAGCUCGUCGUGCUGUUCUGGUCAUGUGCUUUGCAAUCGCGGCUGCCCUCUGGUUCACUCGUUGCAAUUUGACCGGGCCGACUGAACAAUCAACGAAAUGUUCGUUUCCGUUUGUAGUAUCAGAAAGUAAGGAAUUAGUUGAAUGGGAGAACUGGGCAAAGAUUCAGCUCAUGUCUGCAGGCUCUGAUUUGCUCGGGAAGUUUUCUAAUCUCCAGCACUUAGUGUUUGCUAGAAUGCUGCUGCUAAAGUUGAAAGAUUUGUUGUUUGAGACAACUGCAACUGAAACAUUUGAAUUAAGGAGUAUUUCAUGGUGGCUUGUUAGAGUUUUACUCAUUCAUCAAAGAGUUCUACACGAGCGAUCUUCGUCUUUGUUUGAUAUGGUGCAAGUUUAUAUGGCUGAAGCUCUAGACCAUUUUGGAGCAUUGGAAAAAGUUGAAAGCUAUUGGCCUGCAAAGUUGCUACAAGACGAAGUUUCAUCCAUAACGUCAACCAUCCAUCUGGAAGCAUGUGUGUUGCAAUGCAUAUAUGGAAGGAUUGAUCCCUCUCGGUUACAGCUUGAAUCUGCUAAAGCAGCAGCAAAGCUCGAGUUCUCUGUUAGUGGGGCUCUUGGAUUUCGUACUAUUCACCAAGUAGACCCAAAGGCACAAAUGGUAUUGAUAGCGAAUACUAGCUCAUCCAAUGGGGACGUGAGGCUGGCCUCGGAAAAAGCUGAUGUUGGCCCUUAUGAAGCUUGGGGAGGUGAAGCACCUGAAGUAUAUAUGACUCCCAAACUAGUGAGCGAUGAGAGUGAACCUGGCAAAGAUUCUGCGCCCUUAAAACCAGUCGAACAGGCAAUGAUUUUGGCUCAGUGCCUUUUAAUUGAAAGGGGUAGUCGGCACGAUGAGAUGCAAAGAUGGGAUAUGGCUCCAUAUAUAGAGGCUAUUGAUUCUCAAAAGUCAACAUAUUUUGCUUUACGGUGUUUCUGUGACUUACUACGAGUUCGAUGGGAAUCAACUCGGGGUCGUACAAAGGGACGCGCCCUGGAGAUGAUGGAUAAAUUGGUUGACGCUAUUAACAAGAGUGAGCCUGGAGCAUCAAAAAGGAUCCCUUUAUCUUAUGCAGUCCAUCUUCCUACUAUUCCUGCUUUGAGAAAGGAAUACGGUGAGCUUCUGGUGAGCUGCGGUUUGGUUGGGGAAGCAAUUACAAUAUUUGAGAGCCUGGAGUUGUGGGAUAAUCUAAUUUACUGCUACUGCCUUCUGGGAAAGAAAUCAGCGGCUGUAGAUCUCAUCAAUGCGCGGCUUUCUGAACGGCCAAAUGACCCAAGACUAUGGUGUUCACUUGGUGAUGUUACGAUUAAUGAUUCCUGCUAUGAAAAAGCCCUGGAAGUUUCAAAUGAUAAGUCAGUUCGUGCUAAGCGGGCUCUUGCUCGUAGCGCAUACAAUCGCGGUGAUUUUGAGAAGUCGAAGAUGCUGUGGGAGGCUGCGAUGGCCUUGAAUUCUCUGUACCCGGAUGGUUGGUUUGCUCUUGGUGCUGCUGCAUUGAAGGCCAGGGAUGUUCAGAAAGCUCUCGAUGCAUUCACUUUUGCUGUUCAACUUGAUCCCGACAAUGGAGAGGCUUGGAACAACAUUGCUUGUCUGCAUAUGAUUAAGAAGAAAAGCAAAGAAUCAUUCAUUGCGUUCAAAGAAGCGCUUAAAUUCAAGCGAGAUAGCUGGCAGAUGUGGGAGAAUUUUAGUCAUGUAGCUAUGGAUGUGGGAAAUAUUGAUCAGGCCUUUGAAGCUAUACAACAGAUACUGAAAAUGAGCAAAAACAAGAGGAUUGAUGUUGUUUUAUUGGACCGUAUAAUGACAGAGUUAGAAAAUCGGAAUUCAGAUUGUACAUCAUCUUCAUCGAUUGAAAUCAAAGCUUCUUCAGAUGAAUCAACAGAAACAAAACCGUGUGCUGCAACCCUAGCUGAAACUCAACGCCACCUAGAGUUGCUUGGGAAAAUUAUCCAGCAGAUUGUACGAACAGAAAGUACAUCUGAAAUCUGGGGUUUAUAUGCAAGAUGGAGUAGAAUAAAAGGAGAUCUUAUGGUAUGCAGCGAGGCUCUGUUGAAACAAGUGCGAUCAUAUCAGGGAUCAGAAGUGUGGAAAGACAAAGAGCGUUUCAAGUUGUUUGCAAGAGCAUCAUUGGAACUUUGUAGAGUCUACAUGGAGAUCUCAAUGUCCACAGGAAGCAGACGAGAACUCUUUAGUGCUGAGAUGCAUUUGAAGAACACAAUCAAACAAGCUGCAGUGAGCUUCCCAGACGCUGAAGAGUUGAUGGAGUUUGAAAGUUGCCUUGAGGAGGUGAGAAAUGCUAUGCAGAAGAAUGAAGAGACUACAAAUACAAAAACAUGAAAGAAGAAAGACUUGUCACAGUCAUCAUCACAGUCAUCAUCAUAGGUUAGUCUCUGAUUUCUGUGUGUUGUAAUAGUUAUCAUUUUCUUUGUUUGGGUCAAAGAAAAUGUUGAAAUGCUUCCGCGAAAUGCUUCCGAGAAAAUUUCUAUUAAAUUGACAAGGAAAAUAUGUCAUGCCGUUUUUACUAUUUGGUAGUUAUAAAUGCUUACCGUUUUUUUU